GAGGGCUAAAAAAUACCGAUGUAAAUGAAAUAUUUUAUUUUUCCUCAAUCUUUAAUAGCUUCCUUCCGUAUUCAUUCAACUAGCCCUGAAAAUGCUAGCUGUCACCCAUAAUACACAUAAACGUCAUGAAGUUACGAUUUGUUAUUGUAAAUUAUUUUAUGCGAUAUAUUUGCUAUUAACAUUGCGAAUACAAAACUAAAAUGAACUCAAAAGUUGCUACAAUCAUCACAUCCAUAAUACUUGCUUUUAUGCCAAAGAUUUCAUCUGAAAGCGACCCAUAUUUGAAAGAACCAUACCGACCUCUUGGACCACUUGUAAAAUGCAGCUUUUUGCCAUUGGAAUUCCUAGAUUGCGAUGAACCAAUUGACCAUAAGGGGAAUGUAUCUGCAAGAGAUGCUAUCGGGCACGGCUGUGUCAAGUUUGGAGGCGUUAGAUAUGAUCAAGUGGAGAAAACGAAAGUGCAGUGCAAGGCCUUAGAUGGUAUCGAAUGUUCGGGGCCGAGGGGUUUCCUAAGAGAUGGCUUUCCAUGCGUGCGUUAUUCCGGACACUAUUUUACGACCACAUUGAUAUAUAGUAUCUUAUUGGGCUUCUUGGGUAUGGAUAGAUUUUGCCUCGGUCAGACAGGCACUGCUGUUGGUAAACUCUUAACAUUGGGAGGACUGGGCAUAUGGUGGGUGGUUGAUGUUGUGUUACUGAUCACAAAUAGUUUGCAUCCAGAAGAUGGAAGCAACUGGAAUCCCUAUGUAUAAUGUUCUGAUCUCAAAAUUAUAAUAUUAAGUUAAGAAUAAAACUGUGUAAAUAAUAAUUAUUGUAAAUAAAAUAUGACUAAGAAUG